AUGGCGCCGUCCGUCUUUUCUUCCAGCGAAAAGUCGCUGAUCAAGUCUGUAUUUCCGUCUUCCUCAUACAAAAUUAUCACCGUAUCGCCAGUCCGCAUUUAUGCGGCCUUUCCUACACCAGAUAAAUGGUACUAUACUGGCGUCGAGGGUGCUCUUGCUUUCGUGCGUGAUACAAGCAAUGUAUUCCAUUUCAAAGUUGUCGAUUUGAAGUCAAAAGGUCAGAUAGUCUGGGACCAUGAACUGUACGAAGACUUCUACUUUUAUGAAGAUAAGCCAUACUUCCACACUUUUGCAGGUGACAAGUGCAUGCUGGGACUGUGCUAUGCAGAUGAGUCUGGCGCCGUUCAGAUGUACAAGAAAGUGUCGAACCGAGCAAAGUAUGCUAAGUCAUCUUCAAGCUCAUCAGGCUUCAGUUUUGCCAAAAAAAUCUCCAGCUUGAUUGGCUCCUCAUCGUCUUCCUCUGAUGACAAGCGCGUUUCUUCUUCCAAAGAACAACUGUCCGAUGAUACCCGAGCAGAACCACAAUGGAACGGUCUGGUUGACCAACUUGGAAGCAUGGGGGUAUCAGAAAUAGACAUCAAAAACAACGAAGGAUUCCUUCGUGACUUUUUGGGUCGUGGGAGUCAGAGGCUCGUCCAUGAUUCGCAUCAGACGGACAAUAAGCUUCCGCCUCCCACCACAUCUCUCAUGUCUACGCGUAAUGCACCACCACCAGCACCGCCUGCCAUAUCUGCGUCACCAGUACUCCCCUCGGUGCCAUCGUUACCAUCCCGGAGCGUGGAUUCUACUAGCACUUCACAGAGUGCACCUCCUGUCUCUCGACCCUCUUUGCCUCCUCCUCCGCCAGCUCGUCCAGGAAUAGGCUCGAGUGCCUCGCCACGACCGCCACCACCACCGCUGCCACCGCAUUCCGUGAACGGUCGUGCACCUCCGCCUGUUCCAUCUCGACCAGUAGUCGGCGGACGUGGACCCCCACCACCACCGCCGCCGCCACCUGUGCGACCUGACCCGACCGGUAUGUCGGUACGAGGGCCGCCACCAGCACCACCAGCACCACCAGCACCACCAGCACCACCAGCACCGCCUGCGCCAAGUGGCUCGAGUUCUAUGAGUGGACUCCCACCUCCUCAGCCUGGACGUGAUGCGUUAUUGGCAAGCAUUCAAGGCAAGAGUGUCAAGGACCUUAAGAAGACUGGUCCCAAUGCACCUCCGCCUCGAUCAUCUGGCGGUGCUGGAGGCUCAGCUUCGUCGUUGUCAGCUGCAGCGGGUACGAGUGGCGGAGAAAAUGAUCUGGCAAGUGCCUUAUCAAGUGCUUUGAACAAACGGAAAGGGAAUAUGGGUGGCUCAGACGAGGAAGAGAGUGACGAUGACUGGUAA